AGCGCAUAACAGGAUAGUCUGCGUUGUAGCUAUAUAUCUCGACGUCGGCGACUAGGAAAACUAGUUAGCUAAAGCUUAUGUUCACAGAUGGAAGUGAGGAGAGGAAACAACGCUAUAUUGUAGUGUGAAAUAUAUAUAUAGAUAUAUAUAAAAAGCUAACAGUAUUCAUGGAUUUACUCCCAUAAUUCGUUAUACAGUGCCCACAUUUUCAUCUUUUAACACAUUAAAGGUGCAUUUUACGCGAGUUUUGGUGCAUUAAAUGGAGGAGAAGAAAGAAGACGGAGACUCGGAGAUACAGGAACACGGACCCGAGCACUGGUUCUCAAAAUGGGAGCGGCAGUGUUUGGCCGAAGCGGAGCAAAGGGAGCCCAGCGAGGAGGAGGCCGACAACGACCAGGAUAAACUGUGGCAUCUCUUCCAGAACUCAGCCACUGCUGUGGCACAGUUAUACAAAGACAGAGUAUGCCAUCAGCAGGGCCUGUCAUUGUGGGUGCCAUUUCAGAACUCGGCAACAGCAGUUACCAACCUCUACAAAGAGAGUGUGGAGGCACAUCAGAGAAGUUUUGAUCGGGGCAUCCAGAUAGGCCAUCAACGCCGUAAUAAGGACAUGUUGGCCUGGGUGAAAAAGCGCCGGAGAACCAUCCGUAGGGAAGAUCUUAUCAGCUUUUUGUGCGGAAAAGCACCACCACACAGGAGUAGCAGGGCCAAUCCCCGGCUGGCCAUGUUGGCCCCCAGCCGGGCUAAUUCACCAGCCGAGACUGGCUCAUCUGUAGAAGCAGACCUCCAGCCCUUCAGGGAGGCCAUAGCACUGCAUGGUCUGAGUGGAGCCAUGGCGAGCAUCAGUGUGCGCUCUGGUGCUCCAGGGUCUCCCACGCAUGUGAGUGGGAGCAGCAGUAACGGAGGUGGCGCUGGUGUAGGUGGUUCUUCCGGCUCUGCACUGGUGUGCCGCAGCAGGCGUAAUGGGCUCCAAGACGUCGACCUGAACACUUUCAUCGCGGAAGAGAUGGCACUGCAUCUGGACUCUACAGGCUCCGCCUCUGCUGGAGGGGGAGGAACCAGGAAACGAAACUCCACCCAGUGUAGUGAUGUCAUCACAGACUCCCCUACACACAAACGCAACAGGAUGAUCUGAUCUGCUGCCUGCCUGCCUGUGUGUGUGUGUGUGUGAGUGUGUGUGUGUGUGUGUGAGGGGGUAGGGGGAAAAACCUUCAAAAGCCAAGGCUAUGAGAGGGGGGGGGGGUGGAUGGAUGGCUUAUGUGGGACAGACACUUGAAUGCCUGGCUGUGCAAAAGAAACCCGGGCUGAAAAUGAGGACUUACGGUCUCAGUGCGGUCAAUUCAGAUGUUGACUGAAUUCUAUUCCUUGUCUCCUUUCCCCACACUAUUACUACAAAUCACUGAUCUGCAAUCAGAACACUUAAUGGGUGUGUGUGUGGGUUACUGGGAGGUCUGGACGACAUCACGCACUCCUGAGACAUCGCUACCGAGGAAAGGAGACAACGAAAGGAAGUCGCCCAACUCAUCCUGGGAUGUGGACCGAGCUCAAAGGGGUGAAAUGCACCGUGCUGCUUCACAAGCAGAAGCCACUCAAUCCUUGACACAUUUGUGCCCUUCCCUCCCCUUAACCUCACUCAUCCUCACCCACCACCUUAAUAAGGAAGUGAGGGCCAUGAUCAAAUCGUCUCACUCAGUGAACCAAGUUGCUCGCCAAAUGUUGGACCCAGCUCGGUCAGAGACUCACUUCUUCGUCAAACAACCCACCUGUUCUUUGUUACUUUUGUCAUUGCAGCUCUCAGUUGACGUUGCCGGUCAGUGGUGGAGCUAAAUCACCCAGUAGGCGUACAUCUGUGACAUCAUCCUGCUUCAUCUCCCACUUGCAACCAGUUACAUUUCUCUGGCUACUAGGUUGAUGGCAUGUAACUUUAUUCUCUGCUAACUACUCUGCUUUGAUUUAGUUCAGCCAGUCGCCCUUUCUUGUUUUUAAGUUCUUCAACCACCAGUGUUAACUAUCUAGGUUUGUUGCCACUGUGAUAGCCAAGUUAAUUUUGCAUUCUUUCUCCACCAUGUUUUUUUUGUUGUUGUUGAGGAUAAUUGAAAGCAUUUUUUUUUUUUUCUUUGUGUAUACAGCUUUUCAGACACUACUGACUGCAACACUCUCCUCCCCCCCCCCUUUACUCUAGUCUUAUUACAAAAGCAGCUGCUGUUUUAUGUGAUCUUGUGAUUAUUCUGAUGAGUUGCAAUACAGACUUUUGCACUUAGCUUCCACCUCUAACUCAUGCAAAGCUUUCACCUCUAACUCAUGCAAACAAAUCAGCUCUUCCAUUGUAUCCCACUUAAAGCCUCGUCCAGCCCUUAACAGGCCAGCUUGAGGUCAGUCCACGCAGAGUUGCUGCUUGGAAAAAGUAAACCCUUGGUAUGACUAGUCACGGAGCCCUCACACACACCUCAAAUACUCUUCAAAAAGUAUUUGAUCAAGUUGUGGAGUGUUUCUGUGUGUGGGCUCUACUUGUAUUCGAAGACUCAAGUCCUUCCCUGUCUGACAAAUGAUUUAACUUAUCAGAAGAUAAUCGGUGCUGUAAAGAAAGCAUAAAUGUUUACAAAGGUAGCGUUUCUCAACAAAUCCAACAAGUAUGCCAGCCAGUGCACACAAGACACUGGCUAAUUUGGCGAGUGUGUCGGAUUGGGUGUUGGGUCACUGUCUGCUUUUUGUAUAAGGGGUGUGUGCAUUAAUAAGACAUGGAUGGGUUUGAUUUUACUUGGUACAAGAUGAUGAAACUCGGAUUGUUUUAUUCUUGAAAUCGUCCUUCCAUCCUUUUGUAAUGGAGAGGAAUAGGAGACACUGAUAUCACAUGAGGCAGAAAUUUGGGUAUAUUUAGCAGUUUGUGAAACGUAUGAACUGGUACUGAUUUAUAGGGUCUUAAUGAUUAUUGGAUUUAAAUCUAAGCUAGUUUGUGGGCGUAAUGAACUCAAUUGUUGGAAUAUGCUUUCAUUUAGCAUAGGAAGCUAACAAAUGUAAAUUGAGUUGUCUAGUUAUCAAACCAAUUAUUAUAUUUCCAGCAUUGAAUAAUGGCCAGAAAAAGGUUUUGCAGAACACUAUGUCACAGUGAAGUUGACCUGCCAUAAUAGUGAUACAGUAAGUUGUCAGUGAGUCAAAUACCUGUAAUACCCACUGUUGCUGACUUGUGAGAUCUCAAUGUCCACCCACACACACACCACACGUUUUUGUUGACCUCUUCAUUCCCCUUCACCUUUAUGACCUGGAAAGUGGGUUAUCUUUAGUUGUAUAAAGCAUGCCAGUUUUUAACUUGUUACAUUUUGGUCACAGAUUUCAUUUUUGCGUUAAUGGGUUGGCUUUUAUAUUCCUACAUGAUCCCUGGCUCGUCGGUGAAAGAAAAGAACCGGGCUGAGAUUCAUUGCUUCUGUCAAAAUUAAGAGUUCUGCGUUUCGGAGUUUGUACUUGCAUACAAGUGAAACCACUUGAAUUAGACUGACAAAAAAUGUCAUCCUCAAAUCGGAAAAGUGAGAAUUGAUUUGCUUUACGGAGAGCCUCUGAUUACUGUCAAGUAGGGUCAACCAGUAAUUCAUGUUGAGGAUUCAUAUCGGUCUUGGUUUAAAACGGUAUCUAAAAAAAUAAAUUGUACAUUCUGGGUAGCUUCAGCUAGCACAGGUCUAGUGAAUAAUGUAACACAGGAAGAAUCUAUGAUUCUCCCUAAAACUCACAUUUAGAGUCCAUCAGAAAGUAUGACGCUCUGGGUGUGCUAAUGGCAGAAUAUGGUGUUGGAGAUGGAGAAAAUCCUGAGGACUGACCUGACGGCCAGUCCACACGCUUAUCUUAGAGGAAUGCAUUUUAGUUGUUUUUUCUUUCUUUCUCCAGGCACUUCACUCGCUGUUUUGUGUCCAACACUCCACAUUGGCAUUGGUAGCAUUCUCAACUGAAACCAAAUGGUGCGUGUUGUUACAAAUUAGUAGUUAUAACCUCCUAGUGUUUCUGUUGCAUGACAACAUGUCAGUUAAAGGGACGAUGUGAAGUGUCUGCUGACCGGAAGAAGAACCUAAAAAUUCAGACUAUCAAAAGAUAGCGCCCCCCCCAAAAGACUAUGAGCAGGACUGUGCCGUCUUUCUAAUCCCACUGUUCAACCUGCAGUGUUGACCCCCCACCCCCCGGUUAUAAUAGAGGGGGCACUUUGUGUUUUUCUUUUCUUUCCCUGAGCCAGUCCCCGGCCUUCAUCCACAUUGUUUCAAAAGGCUGACUCGUGCCACAUGUCUCUGGAGCCAACACUAUUAUCGGCUGUUUCUUGAUACUUAUUUGUUUGAAAAAUAAUAAUAAUAAAUGGCUAAUCUAUAUACUUAACAUUUAAUUGUUGGUAUGAUAUAUGUGGUUCACAUUGUAAAAUAAAUAAAACCAUUGAGUUGCAAUU